CAGAUCCAGGCUGAUUCUUUACAUUAUCAACUAAUCCAGAGGACAACGUGCUUGAAUUCUACAACCAGAUUCUCCUGUCUUUCCCUUCUAAUGUGACACACUCCUUGGGUUUGACUUGUUAUCAGACAAAAGGAGCUUCUGGCUUUCUGAAGAACAGAAGAUAGGAACCUCCCACCUUUACUACCUGCAUAUUAAAGAGGACAAAUUGUAAAGAAGAAGAGGCAUGGCUGAUGACCGGAAGGAUGAAGCAAAGGCCCCGCACUGGACCUCGAGUCAGAUAGCAGAGACUUCUUCCCACUCACAUUCCCCGGACAUUAAAGAGCCAAGUGGCACUGGUGACGGACUCGUCAGAAGCGCCAAUGGGUUUCCUUACAGGGAGGAGGAAGAUGGAGGAUACGGAGCACAUGGACAGCAGAGCUCGUAUUCCAGAAGCAAAGAGAAUGGGAUCAAUGGAGAGCUAGCGACAGGAGAGAAGGAAACUGCAGAAGAAGUAUCUGCAAGAAUAGUCCAAGUAGUGACAGCUGAAGCUGUGGCAGUCCUGAAAGGGGAACAGGAACAAGAAGCCCAGCACAAAGAUCAGCCUGCGCCGUUACCUUUAGCCGUUGAAGAGACAGCCAACCUGCCUCCUUCCCCACCUCCAUCGCCCGCUUCAGAGCAGACCGGAACAUUGGAAGAAGUCUCUGUGCCCGAUGACGAACUCUGCAAUUCGGAUGAGGAGUAUUAUGAGCACCUUUGGUUCAGCUCCGAACGUACACCCUCUGGUGCCACAGGCCAGAGUGCAGGAGCCUUGUUAGGCUGUGACGAAGAAGAAGAGGAAGAAGAGGAGACAGUUAAAGGUCCAGUGGAUGCUGAACCUAAGCAGCUUGUCCCCCUUGGUGAGGAAUGUGAGGAAAUGGGUGGGCCUCCUGAGCCUGUGCAACAGGCAGAGGCCCAGCAGGACACCACUCAUGAAGACCCCAUGGUGCGCAAUGGGGAGAACGUAGCCAUAGUCGAGGAGGAGCCCCUGAAGGCCCCAAUGCCUCCCUCAGUUGAGGAACUGAUUACCAAAGACUUUUCAAAAGAUCGAGAAACGGACAAAGGCCGAACAAAAAAACUUGAAGAAGAUUUUGCAGUGAUGGCUAGUCUAAAACCAGUUACAGAGAAAACGGGCACCAAGAAUGUUCCUCUUUGGGAAGAAGAAAAAGAUAUGACAGAGGAUGAAAGUGAUGAAGAAGGGUACUCUGCCCCACACAGAGAGACAUUCAAAGCCUUAGAUGAUCAAAUUUAUGCAACACAUGACCAGCCAACAACAGUUUUGGAUAAAGAGACCAUAGGAACAGAAAGCGACCUUCUCAAAAGAGAUACGAUUGCUCAUUCAGCAACAUUUGAUAUUAAAAAAGUGGAAAAACAUGAGACUGCCAGAGACAGGUUCAACCAAGGAUUAUUUCCUGAGAAAGGUACAGAGACUUUAGAUACUGUUGUACCAUCUGCAACAAUGGAGAAAAUCCCUGUUGAAUCAAUCAAAGAACCUCUGCAAGGAAAAGAUUCUGGACAGGAUGGGAGGGGGGAAACAUUUUCUGUUUCAGAUCCAGCAACUCACACAAUGCAGACAGAAGAAGAUAAAUCGGGAAUGUCAACAUAUUUUGAGACGUCAACCCUUAAAGAUGAAGCUAUUAAGGGUGACAUGCUGGAACAGGGCAGCGAUUACUAUGAACUGAGUGAUACUAAAGAACAGGUCUAUGACCCUUACCAUAAGGACUUCUUAGUAUCUAAAAAAGACCCAGAGGAAUUUCAGCUAGAGCCAGCACAACACCCUAGUGGCCCUGCUCAUGAAGUAGGGUAUAGUACUCUUGCUCAAGGGUUACCGGAAGAGAAAUCUGAGGGACCUAGUUCUCCUACAGAACGACUGUACACUAUUGACCCAAACGUGUAUGGGGAUAAGAGAGAACUCCAUAGUAAAAAUAAAGAUGACUUGACUCUAAGCAGGAGCUUGGGACUUGGUGGCAGAUCCGCCAUAGAGCAGAGAAGUAUGUCAAUUAACUUGCCGAUGUCCUGCUUGGACUCGAUAGCACUGGGAUUUAACUUUGGACGCACACAUGACCUGUCACCACUAGGUUCAGAUAUCCUAGAUAAUGGCAGUGGGGAUGAAGGCGAUGACUAUUUGCCAGCCACUACCCCAGCUACAGAAAAAGCUCCCUCCUUCCCGACAGAGAGUAGGGAGGACGAUGAGAAAAUUGAGGAGUCAAAAGUAACAGGAGGAGGAGAUAUUCAGGUCGAACCCUUGUGUGAGUCACCCUUCUUGGCUAAAGAUUAUUACAAAAAUGGGUCAGUAAUGGCUCCUGACCUGCCCGAAAUGUUAGACUUAGCCGGCACAAGGUCGAGACUAGCAUCUCUGAGUACAGAUGCUGAAGUAGCACAAAGAAAGUCUGUUUCUUCAGAGGCCCUUGUAGAGGACAGUGGUGCAGCCCAGCACCUUAUGGCUGAUGAGAACCACAUGACUCUAAGAGCAGAUAGUCAGCUAGAAGAUUUAGGUUACUGUGUUUUCAAUAAGUAUACUGUGCCAAUGCCAUCUCCUGUCCAAGACAGUGAGAAUUUAUCAGGAGAAACCUGCCCCUUUGAUGAGAAAAUCAGAAGGGGCGUAGUUGCGGACCUGUCUUUGAUAGAAGUGAAGUUGGCAGCGGCCGAGAGAGCCAAAGAAGAACAAGAUAUCUCUGGUGACUUAGCGAUUUUGGGCAAGGAGUUUGAGCAGGAGAGAAAAGCAAUAGAUAAACUUGAUACUGUGCUAGAAAAAAGUGAGGAUUCUAAAGAAGUCUGUUCUUCUGAGGACAUUGACCAUGAAACAAGAAAACUUGCUUCAGCUUUAGAAAGUGCAGAUAAAAGUGUAGUUGGAGUAGAAGAGAAAGUUUCUUUGUUGACUGUGGGUGACGAAAAAGACAUUCAAGUUGCUGCAGAGACAGCAGAGACAGAACUCUCCUACAAACCAAACUAUGAUGCUAUAAAGCACGAGAUGGAUUCUGCUGCUCGUAAAGUUGAGCAGGAAUACCAAAGUAAAUUAGGAGUUCAUGUCAGUGAGUCUGUUUCUGAUCAGAGCAAAGAGAAUCAAGAACAGAACCUCACCACAGUGCCCCAAGAACCGACAGCCUGUGUAAAAGCUGAGCCUAGUCAUACAAAGGAUGCCAUCAAGCUAACGGAAAGCGAAAUUAAGGAAAAAGGACCGAAACCUGACCUGGUGCAUCAGGAAGCAGUAGAUAAAGAAGAAUCGUAUGAAUCAAGUGGAGACAAUGAUCAAACCCAAGAGAACUUGCCUGGAGAAACUUCAAAACCAUUUGAAGGUAAAAUAGAACAAGAGAGCCCAUCUCUAGCAGAAGAGGAAAUGGCGUCACAGUUAGUAGCAGAACAGCCACCUCCAGAAACAGAUGUAUCUAAAACUAUGCAAGCAGAAACUCCUGAAAUUCAAAUGGAGAGUAUACUACAGCCUAAAGAAGAUGUAAAAACUCUGGAACCUCCUGUGAAAACUGAAGAGUCUCUGCCAUGUGAUUUAACAUACGGGAAAAAGGAAGAAGUUCAGCAAGAGGAAGUGAGCAAGCAAGAGGAAGAAGAGAGGCAGCAAAGAGGCAAAGAAAGGGACUUGGAGAAACCAAGUGCAGAAGAGGAGAUAUGUAAAGCUGCCCCUGAGGAACCAUCUGAACUGAAAGGAGUAAUAGAGUCUGUUGUUACAAUUGAGGACGACUUCAUUACAGUAGUACAGACAACAGUAGAUGAGGGAGAAACUGGCUCCCAUAGCGUGCGCUUUGCUGAAUCACAACAACCCGAAACGAGAGAAGAAGAGUUUGAGCCUGAAGAGGAGGCAGAGAUAGAGAUGGUAGCUGAUGUUGAAACAGAGACAAAAGAGAGCUCUCUGGAUGUUCCUGCUUCACCCGAGAGGGAAGAAAUCCCAUUAACUGAUUACAAGACAGAGACUUACGAUGAUUAUAAAGAUGAAACAACCAUUGAUGACUCCAUUCUGGACACGGACAGCAUAUGGGUGGAUACUCAAGAUGAUGAUAGGAGCAUCAUGACGGAACAGCUAGAGGCUGUUCCUAAAGAGGAGAAGGCAGAGAGAGAAUUGCGGAGACCAUCCCUUGAUAAGCAUAAAAAAGAAAAACCUUUAAAAACGGGGAAAGGCAGGAUUUCUACUCCUGAAAGGAAAAUAGCUAAAAAGGAACCUAGCACCAUCUCCAGAGAUGAAGUGAGAAGGAAAAAAGCUGUGUAUAAGAAAGCCGAACUUGCUAAAAAAGCUGACGUUCAGGCUCACUCUCCCUCCAGGAAAAUCAUUUUAAAACCUGCUGUCAAACAUACUAGACCAACUCAUCACUCCUCUGUUAAGCGGAAGCAGACAGCUGCUGGAGGCGAAACAAAUCAAACUCCUGGGGUGUUUAAGCAAGCAAAAGAAAAACUUUCAGAUGGAGUAACCAAGAGUCCAGAAAAGCGUUCCUCUUUACCGAGGCCCUCUUCUAUUCUACCUACCCGGAGAGGCAUCUCAGGGGAUAGAGAACGAGAUGAGAAUUCUUUCUCUUUGAACAGCACCAUCUCCUCACAAGUACGACGGACUACAAGAUCAGAGCCUAUUCGCAGCCGAACAGGGAAAAGCGGCACGUCAACCCCAACUACUCCCGGAUCCACCGCCAUCACUCCUGGUACCCCACCUAGCUAUUCAUCCCGUACUCCGGGCACUCCUGGGACCCCCAGCUACUCCAGAACCCCUCACACACCGGGUACGCCCAAAUCUGCUAUUCUGGUGCCCACUGAGAAGAAAGUUGCUAUCAUACGCACACCUCCGAAAUCACCAGCCACCCCCAAGCAACUGCGGCUCAUAAACCAGCCCCUGCCCGAUCUCAAGAACGUCAGAUCCAAAAUUGGGUCAACGGAGAACAUCAAAUAUCAGCCUAAAGGGGGACAGGUACAAAUUGUAACCAAGAAGAUCGACUUGAGUCAUGUGACUUCGAAGUGUGGUUCGCUGAAGAAUAUUCGUCAUAGGCCAGGUGGGGGUCGUGUGAAAAUUGAGAGCGUGAAACUGGAUUUUAAAGAGAAGGCGCAUGCAAAGGUUGGCUCUCUUGAAAAUGCUCAUCAUGUACCUGGAGGAGGAAACAUCAAGAUCGACAGCCAGAAGCUCAACUUCCGAGAGCAUGCCAAGGCCCGUGUGGACCAUGGAGCUGAGAUCAUCAUGCAGUCGCCCGGCCGAUCCAGCGUGGCUUCCCCGCGGAGGCUCAGCAACGUCUCCUCCUCUGGCAGCAUCAACCUGCUUGAAUCUCCUCAGCUUGCUACCCUCGCUGAAGACGUCACUGCUGCCCUCGCUAAACAGGGCUUAUGAAUUUGCUUCGUUUAGCAGUGUUUGAAGUAAUAAUAUUUAGGCAUGAGCUCUUGCCAGGAACGGGCUCUGAGCAGGUGUUCACAUUCAUCCCUUUACCAUGUCUAAAAUUAAGUCACCUCCCAAGACUGUAGUAACCAUAAAAUAAAACCGGGAAAAAAGAUAACACAUAGAUGCAGAAUUUGGCCUG